AUGGCUUUCAGAAAACCGCCGAGGACGACAAUUAGUCAACCGAAAAUCGACGAGACAGCGAAUCAGAAGCUUUCAGUUCAUCUUAAUCAGUUUGAACAUGCUCGAAACGGAUGUGAAUUACUACAAAACAAGUCGAAACUUGUCGAUCGAUUUUUUGACGAUUCAGAAAUGAAUAAUCUGCCUCUACUCACCCAGUUUUUUACAUUUCUCGUUCAGUCCAUGCACAGCUCGAGACAAGAUGCAGCUAAGCUUAUCUUACGCAUACCUGGCUCUCGAAUACUCCGCUUCGCACAUUCACAUAUCAAACCCUCGCUGGUAUCGGAUGAAGCGCAAAAAGUGCUUCUAGAAAAAUUCGUGUCUACGUUAUGCAAACUUUUGCAACAUCUGCUGGAACUGCACCCGUCAUGUUACGAUCAACUGAAUUCCACAGGUAUAUUCGAUCGCCUGGAAAUGUACGGUCAAAAGACAUCGAAUGACGAGAUUAUGUUAAUCGUCGUUGAGUUAAUCUCCCGAGUGACCCAAUUACAAGAAGAAUAUAAGCAGAAAACCAAGCAAUCAAAGCCGAAGAUUGACUGGCAGACGGACAGAAGCGACCCACCACCGGACGACUUUCAUCAACUUUCGAUUUAUCCAACAUUGGAAGAUAUCUUUCAACCACAAAUGCCUUAUCUACGAAAGAAUAUCAUUACCGGCCAAUAUAAGAACGGAACACAUUAUUUAGAUAUUCAUUUCCGUCUUUUGCGAGAAGAUUUUCUCCAACCAUUACGUGAAGCGAUAUGCCAGUACAUAAGUGAUGACAAUCGGAAUACUUCAUUUCGAAAUGUUAACGUUCGUUUAUAUCGAAACACAAUCUUAACUGGAACAAUCUGCUCACAUGUUGGAGUCUUGUUCUCACUUGCUAUCGAUCUAAAUAUACUACCCAAAUCGAUUAUUUGGUCGAAUUCACGACGAUUAAUCUAUGGGAAUUUACUCGCCGCAACGUUCGAUGAUUUUGCCACGAGUUGCUUCUUAUUGACAGUUGAUGACCGCUCUAAUCUUGAUAAAAAUGGGAGCAUAUUGGUUCGAUGUCAAAAAGAAUUGUGUGAUCAUAAACUAAUGAGAAUUCCACCUGGGACACCAUUUACCUUAUUAGAAACAACAUCUUACUUUGAAGCUUAUCGACCAAUUUUACAAGCCCUACAAAAUAUCACAGAUGAUCAAAUACCUUUAGAGAAAUAUCUGCUUCACUGUGAUAAAAACGUCGGAUUGCCCGGGUAUUUCCAGGAAAAUUCCGGAAUCGAUUUCGAACCGAUUCUAGCUAAGCAUAAUGAUUCAUGCAAACGUUAUGACGGUGGUUUAAGUGAUGUAAAAGAUCGAACCACAUGGCCAAAUGCUACACAACUUGGAUUAGAUGAAAGUCAAUACCAAGCAUUACAACUAGCUCUGACAAAAGCCGUCGCUCUUAUCCAAGGGCCUCCGGGAUGCGGAAAGACAUUUCUCGGUGUUCGGCUAGCAGAAUUAUUUUAUCACAAUCGGAGACGCAUAACGGGAUGUUCCAAACCUAUAUUGAUGAUUUGCUAUACCAACCAUGCUUUGGACCAGUUCCUAUCGUCAAUUAUACAGAAACUGUCUCUUCAACCUGGUGAGAUCGUUCGUGUCGGUGGUCGCAGCUCACAUUCUCAAAUCGAACCAUAUUUAAUCCAGAGGUUACGUCAACAGCGACGCAACAUCCGUUCCACGAACGCAGAAUUAUCCGAAAAAUACGUAAUACUCAAAAGUAUCAAAAGUCAAUUGGACACUUGCCAAAGAUCGUAUAUUAAUUGUAGUCAACAAUUACUAAAUGCUACUCAACUGCUACGUGUCAUUGACAGACGCCAGUUUCUACAGUUAAUUGAUCCUAUCCUAGAUGAAUUGGACAUCUUCACGAAACAUUGGGACAAUAAAACAGGUGGAAUCUAUUGUUGUCCAUUGGAUGAGGAUCUAGAAGACAGCGAUGAUCAUUCGAGUGAUGAUGGUGAUCAUUUGGAUGCACAACUGUCAGUCAUUGAACGAAUUCAGCGUAUGGAAAAUCGAAUUCAUUGUCAAAAGUUGAAUGACUUAUCAGAAAAAGAUGAAAAGCUAAUUAAUGAAUUGAUCAUUCAAUGGUUGGGUGCGAAACGUCUUGAAAUAAUUCGUCCUGAUGAUAAGGAAGAAAUUGAAGAUGACGGCCAGGGCGAAUUUCAAACGGUUCAAAAGAAUAAAAAGCAGAAAAACCAAGCCAAAGCAGCAGCGGUUCUGCGAGAAAUAUUGAGCGAUCCAAUGGUAUCACCACCAAUAGCGAGUAGUACGAAUGACGUAGGCGAUAAUCAAAAUAAUCUCGAUGAUGAUGACGACGAAGAAGAACUACGUCGUAUAGAAAACAUUGAUAACUUCUAUAUUCCAGUAAUGCUUUCGAAUCCAACGACUGAACGAGAAAGAACGGAAAUCGAUACAGAACAAUUAGAAUCAAUGCGAUAUUUAUUGACUACGAGAGCAGGUUUAUUAUCCGAAGAUGAUGCGGAAAAGGUUCAAGAUCUAUGGGCCGUAAAGAAAGAACAACGACAAACUCUUUAUCGAUAUUGGCUUUGUAAAUACCUUCAUAUCUUAACAAAUGAAUGGUUUAAUUUAAAUGAACAGUAUGAUAAUAAUCAUCAGACAAUGCAAGAACUAUGGUUAGCAAAUGAUCGUUUGUAUAUGGAAGAUGCAUUUAUAAUCGCUAUGACCACGCAUUGUGCGUCGCGUUACCAAAAAGUGCUGAAACAGAUUGCUCCACGUAUUUGCAUAGUCGAAGAAGCAGCUGAAGUAUUUGAAUCUCAUAUCAUCACAGCCAUCGGCGAAGGUAUCGAACAUUUGAUACUCAUUGGUGAUCAUAUUCAGUUACGUCCGUCGCCGAAUGUUUACACGCUAGCCAAACAGUUCAAUCUUGAUGUGUCAUUAUUCGAACGAUUGAUUAACAAUGAAAUGCCAUCGGUUCAAUUAUGUGAACAACAUCGUUCGCUUCCAAUCAUUUCGAAAUUGACACAUCAUUUUUAUAAUAUUCCCAUUCGUAAUCACGAAUCCGUUUUGAAUCGUUCGCCCAUUACCGGUGUAUGUCAUCCAUUGUAUUUCAUUAAUCAUUCCAAUCCAGAAGAAAAUGUUUCCGAGGGCGUAUCGAAAAGAAAUACAUUCGAGUGUAAUUAUAUCAUUCAAUUGGCGAACUAUUUAAUAAACCAAGGCUAUGACAAAAGUAACAUUACUAUUUUAACAACAUAUCUGGGUCAACGACAACUUAUAAGCAGAACUAUAGGUCAAAGUUUUAGUCAGUUGAAAGGCAUUCAGAUUACGGUCGUUGAUAAUUAUCAAGGUGAAGAAAAUCGAAUUAUUUUGCUGAGUUUGGUUCGAAGUAAUGUGGAAAAACGUCUGGGAUACUUGGCUGUCGAUAAUCGGAUAUGUGUGGCUUUAUCUCGUGCUCAAAAUGCUUUCUAUGUUAUCGGAAAUUUUCAUUUACUGGCUGAAAACAGUGCAACAUGGAAAGUCAUCGUCGACAAAGUCAAAGAAUCAAAACUCAUCGGAACAGGUCUUCCAAUCAAUUGUGCUAAUCAUUCAGACAAUCAAUUAGUAUGUGAAAAACCUAAUGAUUUUCUUAAACGACCACUUGGUGGUUGUGGUGUGAAAUGCGAGGUACGACUUGAAUGUGGCCACCAAUGCCCAUUAAGUUGUCAUAGUACAUCUCACAAAGGACUACGUUGUACAAAACCUUGUGCCAGGCAAUAUGAUGAUUGUGAUCAUCAAUGUAGCAAGAAAUGUCAUGCAGGUACAGAUUGCACGCCAUGUUGUGAAUUGAUUACAUUGAAGAUGCCGGAUUGUGAACAUACAACGGAUGUACCCUGUUGUAUGCGAAAAACGAAUAAACUUGCGUGCAACGUACUUGUUGCGUAUACUUGUCCUCUUGGUCACCAAGUGGAAGUCAAAUGUUGUGAUUUGAGAAAUCAGGAAUUAAGGGAUGAAUUAUGUACCCAUCCAUGUGAUUUCACUCUUGAAUGUGGUCAUCCGUGCAAGGGUUCGUGUACAACAUGUUAUCAUGGACGCUUUCAUCAUCCAUGUGAUCAAGAAGAGCUAAUUGUUUAUCUUUGUGGUCAUAGUCGUAAGCAACGUUGCCAUGAGCUUGGACCACGCUGCGAGUCACCCUAUAUCAAGCUGUGUGAUCAUCCAGAUCAACCAUCCGUAUCCGAUUCAAUGCUCGAAUGCUCUAUAUAUCAAUGUAUGCGCUACUGUCAGAAUAAAUGCAAACACCGACGCUGUUCACAAAGAUGCAAACUGGAAUGUGACUGUGAUCCGUGCAUGGAAAAGUGCUCGCGACGUUUCGAGUGCGAACAUUAUUGCAAUGGUGUUUGUGGAGAGCCUUGCAUUGAUUGUUUUUCUUGUCGGGAUAAGAAAUCUAAAAACGCCAUACGCGAUGCAAUUAAUGGAGAAAAAUUAAGAUAUGUUGCUUUUGUUCAACUCGAAUGUGGCCAUUUAUUUAAAGCAUCCGUACUUGACGAACAUGUGAGAAUCUUUGCAGAAAAACAAGCUCUCCCUAACGGAUUUUUUCGCAUUGACUAUCCUGGUUGUCCAACUUGUCAAUGGCCUUUGGUAAAAUGCAAACGAUACGCAAGUUUAAUUAAGAACAUUCACAAUAGAAUCGCCGAUAUUUUGGCAUCUGAAUCAACACUGACUGAGAAAGUAAGAUCCUCUGCGGAAGUUGAAGUGAUAUUAUUGGCUACAGCUCUUGAACUGCCCGAAUCGGUUAUUAGAAUUGUUAGGCAACUUAGAAAUCAUCCACGUCGUCGAAAACUCACAGAACUAUUUAUCAAUACAAUAGAUGUCUUCAAAAAUCUGAGUGGUACAGUGGGCGUCGACCGCGAUAAAUUUCUGAGAACUAUCUAUGCUCAUGUCGAGCAACACGAUUCGUUAUAUUUCACUCGGCAACAAUGGUUGGAUAUAGAAACUGAAUACAAACGUUUGCUAUCUAUUGAUCGUCAAGCAACGACAAACGAAUGCCCGAGUGUCUGUCCCAAUCAAUCACAAAGUGAAUCUGACGACAACGAUUUUUUUAAAUCCUUACUAACAACACUCAAAGCAACAAUGACUGAUAGAAAUUCACGGCAAUCAAUUCUAUCUGUUGACACAACAUGGAAUGACUUCGAAAAAGAUCGUCUCAUCUGUGACGGAAAAUGGGUCCUGUGCUCAAAACCCUCGAAUGGCCAUUUAAUAUGGGUGAAUAACAUGACCGAACAAUUCACAUGUAGUAUAUGUCACAAGAGUAGUGCUGAUCGAAUGCCUUCGUUUGGUACUCAUGGAAAUCGUAUUUUUCAUAAAGGUUAUGGACGCGGCCGGCGAUAA